AUGGGUUUCCUGGACUCACAUUCGUACACUGCCGUCACCACUCUGGCAAACAGAACCAUCGAGAUGUCCCCAAUCGACACGGACGAUGCGUACAUGGAAAUGGAACUUCCUGCACUGCUGGAAGCCAUCCGUUUGCAGCGCAAUUCCGUGGAGCCUGGUCCUGUAGAGGUGGCCAGGGCAAUUCGCAAAAAACUGAAAUACGGCUCGUUCGAGGAACAGUUCAAUGCUCUGAAGCUUCUGGAGCUGCUGGUCGCCAAUGGUGGCCCAGAACUGAACCAACUAUACAAUGACUCCAAGCUGCUUGACCGCCUAAAGUACACCAUUGUGACCCGUCCAGAAGUGUCAGGGGUCGAUCCACGUAUUCGCAAACGUGCCACACAGCUGGCUGUUGGGUGGCGAAACGAGCACGCCCGGACAGGGAACGCAGGAGGUCUGUUUUCACUUGCCUCCUCCGCAUCAGUGGCGCGAGCUGUGAGACCUAAGCGGAAGGUGCCAGAUUUCAUGAACGACGAGGCUGAUGAGACUCCAUUCGAGGAGGUGUACGAGACGCCCGACGACGACUCGGACGAUAGUUCGCAAGGCAGACGUCACGGUUCGUCCAGAAGUGCCUCGCGGUUAGUGUCUUCAAUGACAAACAGGGACCUUGAUAACAAGUACAGGAUUCCCCGGAUUAACUACGAGAAAGAGACUCCGAAGAUAUACCAGACAAUUGCCGAGGCGAACGUUUUGUCGACCACGUUGACAAACACCCUCAAAACCCUGGAACCCGAUGAACUUUCUAUCCACUCCGCCAAGGCCAACAGGGAUUUCGACAACUGCAGAGCCAUCAGAAGAAAGAUCUUGAGAUAUCUGCAGCUAGUCAACAAAGAAGAGCUCCUAGGAGCUUUACUCAAGUGUAACGAUGAUUUGGUGAGGUCUCUACAGCUUUACGAAGAGAUGGCAGAGCCGCGAGAUGGAGGAGAGACCGACUCGCUUGCCGAUUACGAGACGAUCAACAGCGAGAGAAGAGCGUCAAGCGUUGCACCUGCCACAGGCACUUCUCAGACAUACCGGUCUGAGAUUAAUGAGUUUGACCCUUUCAGUGACCAUAACGAAGUUGCUGUGCCAGCGGAAUGGAAAUAA